GGAAGUGUGAAUCUCGUCUUUAAGCCCAAAUCUGCUUUUUAAAAAACGUCAACAGCACAGGGACCCACGAGUCACACUAGUCGCAGACUUUUGUGUCCCAACGUCAAUCUCUCUAAACAUUUGUGAGAGAUUUCCAGUCAAAUGGAUUCGGAGAACCGAGGUAAAGUGUCCAGAGAGGUUAACGUGAAAGUGUUCAGGCUUCGCGACGAUGAACGCUGAGGGGGCCAGUGGUGGGACUUUGCAACCAGGCAUGACCGAGGAGGAGACUUUGGAGGUGCAGCUGGAGCUCAUUAAGAUAGAAGAUGAAAUUCUGACUUUGAGGCAGGUUCUCAAUGCAAAAGAGAGGCAUGCUGCAGAUCUGCGGCGGAGGCUGGGUAUAAACCCUCUGUCUGAGUUUAAACAAAACAUCACCAAAGGCUGGCAAGAUGUCCAGUCCUCUAAUGCUUAUAUGAAAACCUCACAGACUCUUGGAGACUUGAAUGACAGAGUUAAGUCAUCUAACUUUUAUCUUACAGCUUCUGCUACUUUGGAGGACAUUAGCCGUUCUGAUGCUUAUAAGAAGACUCAGGAGACCUUCUCCCAGGCUGGUCAGGUGACAUCAUCAGCUUUCUCCACAAUGAGCUCAGCUAUCAAGAGUCGACUAGGAGAACUGAGGAACUCAUCAACCUUUAAAUCCUUUGAGGACAAAAUGACCAAGGCAAUGCCAGGAAAAUCAAAUGCUGACACACCUCCCCCACCUGGUAACAAUUCCACCCUUUAAGCUGGAGGUAUAUUGACAGCUGUGAUCUACACAAGCCCCUGGCCCUUGGAGCUGACAGCAGAGAGAUUUAUAAAUCAGCCAACAAAUAAGGGCCUUGUACUAAGGCCCUAAAUCCUAUAAAUGACAACAUGUGUGUUCUUUUUCUUUUAAAAGAAACCCAUGUAGAGCUAACCUGUGUGCGUGCUUUUGAAUGUGUCAAAAGGUUAUUGCAAUCGGCUCUGGUGUAUAGUGAAGGCAGUCAUUGAGUGAUUCACUCAUGCUGUGAAUCAUGCCAGUUUGAUGCAGCGUAACCUCUCCCAGAGGCCAUUUAGGCAAAACAUAAAGGCUUCGUCAGCAGUACAAAGCACUGUUGUAUCUGAUUGUUACAUUCUUAUUACACUGCUUAUUAAAUGCUUAUUUCUCAGGGCAAAAGGUGCUACUAUAUAGACUAUAAUGCGAUUAGCAUAACAACAGAUACAUCUUAACUGGUUUCACUGCUUUGAGAUUUCUGAGGUAAACGCCUGAUUUGAACUGAAAUUGUGUUAAAUUCUCCCACUUUCUGCUCGUUUUUACAAACUGAAUUUAUGUACACCUAUUUCUUUCUGAUACAGUAAAGGAGUUUUAGUUGUAUAUUAAUUUUUGGUGUUGGGGUAACUCGUCUGUGUGUUUUUAUUUAUUUUUUUAUUUUAUUUUUUUUUUUUUUGGUAAGAGUGAUGGAGAGCUAAUUGGGGCAUUCAGAUAGAUAUUAGCACAAGGGCUUAGUUUAUAAAACUGAUUAUAUGAAAUUGGUAGUUAGUGCUGAGAUGUUUGGUGGGGGAAAAGUUGAACUACAAUAUGACUCAAACUCUGGUAUUAUUUUAUUACAUUAAUUUUGAAUUAUCUAGUCUUGGCGUACUACGUACUUUUGCCAAGAUGAUGAAUGUACUUAAACUUGGUACUGUUGCCUUGAUUCUGUACACAUGAACCAGACCGCUGUAUCUGUGCUUAGUGCUUUAAUCCUGUAAUAUAUUAGGUUUUGGUUUAUUUCAAGUUAACAUUGUUAAAGAAAUGGGUAAAUAAAGGCAGUUGCUGAAAACA